UUGGCCACCAGCACGUCAUUGCUCUCUCCCACCGAGGACACAGCCGGCAGCUCCUGCCAUGGACAGGUGGUACCUGGGUGGCGACCCCAAAGGGGACGUGGACCCAUUCUACUACGACUACGAGACCGUCCGCAAUGGAGGCCUGAUCUUUGCUGCCCUGGCCUUUGUCGUGGGGCUCAUCAUCAUCCUCAGCAAAAGACUCCGCUGUGGGGGCAGAAAGAAACAUCGGCAAGUCAACGAAGAUGAGCUGUAAUGAUGGAGUCUGCCAUGCCCCCGUUGCACUGGGGUCAUUGGGAAGCCUUCCCUGAGCUGUAGACCUUUGUCCCCAGCACUGCCAGGCCCUCGGCUGAAGGAAGCGCCAGGCUCCGUGUGACCCCUGGGUGCACAUGGCCUCCUCCCACCUCUCGGCCACCUCCUGUUAAUAAUAAAGCCAGCCUCAGAGAUGGCUCCUUCCCUGGCGUCCCUCCCUCCUCCUCUAUACCUGCCACGACCAACUCGCCCUUCCAAGCUGGGGUGCAAUGCAGCCUGGUCUCUCCCGGUUUUCAAUGAACUGCUCAGGUGCCCGUGCCUAUUAAAGCAGGAAGUUUCGUAGGACCACCUGCA